CGACAUUUCCCCAACAAAUCCCCAAGACGUUUUCCUCCUCCUCAUCAUCAUUAUCCCUCCCACCCACAUCAAAAGAAACACCCUUGGCACAGGAGAACAGAGGAAAAUGCUGGGAAAAGGGAAUAUAUGAACGAAACGAUGGACAGAGAAGGAAAUGGUGGGAACAGGAAAAGGUGGAACAGAAAAAACACCAGAGGGAAUCACAGGAGAGAAAUCAAGGGUUACAUAGGUCAGUACAGGAAAGAAAACGGGAACAACUGGGCUUACAGAGGCGAUUACAGGAGAGACAAUGGGAAAAACUGGUGGUACAAGGAGAAUUACAAGAAGAAGAUGGGGAACAAUUGGAAUUACAGGGGAAGGUAUGGGGAAAGGGACACUUACCAAAAGGAAUGGGGACCCCAAAGAACCCAGAACAGAAUAGGAGCAGGAAACAGAUACAUAGGACAGGAAAAUACUACAGAAAGGAACCAAUGGAGAUACGCUCCCCCCAGAGGGAGGUUUCAAGUAGGGGUAGAAAGAGGAAACACCCAAUGGGGCCAAGAAAUAAGAGGAGGAGGACAGUGGCAAAGAGAAAAGAAUGGGCAACAGGGUUGGAGUUGGUAGUAUCAGAAGUACCCCUCACCCUCUCACAGAGAUCAGUCCUCAGCAAAGGCAGAUCUUUUGUCCCAGGCCCUCCUUCCCUACGGCCUAUUUCUAUAAAUCUAGCCUCUUCCCUUGAAAAAUUAGAAAAUGAAAUUAACACAAGGUUUGCUGCAUCCCUAACUCCAGGUUCAGACCCCCCAUUUCAGAGAAAAAAUGUGAAUCUGCCCCCCCAACUCCCUAGAAUGAAGAUGAAUAAAUAUCAAAGUAAAAAAUUGCCAGGGUUAAGAGACCAAGUUAAAGAGAUAGAAACAAUGAUUUUAAAGGUGUGCAAUAAGAAAACUAGACCUAACCUAACAAAGAAUGAGAUAACAGCACUAGAUGAACUUAAAAAGAAUCCAGAUAUUGUCAUUAAGAAAGCUGACAAAGAUGGGGCCCUAGUAGUUUUGAGAACAGAAAGCUAUAGAGCCAUGGGACAUGCACAUUUAAGAGAUAAACAAACUUAUAAACAUCUACUCAAUCCACAGGAGGAGCUGCAGAGAGUACAAGCAGAAAGUAAGAUCUUGAUUACAAGAUUCUACAACUUAGAUUCCCCCACAGGAAACAGGUCGAGUUUCUCGGCAGGACAGAGGGAUGCCCUACUGGCCCACAAAGCAAGUAUCCCCCAUUGGUACAUUCUCCCCAAAACCCAUAAAAAAAUAGAUGAGGAAAUGGGAACAUGGCCAGGGAGACCGGUACUUAGUGGCUGCUGUGCCCCAACUAGACCAGUGGAUAGACUAUUAACCACUUUCCUUUCUCCUCUGCUUGAGCUACUUCCAGAGAGACUCCAAGACACAACACAUUUCCUGAAGAAAUUGAAAGAGACCCCCAGACUAGAAGGGGAUUGCUAUCUGUUUUCUUUUGAUAUCGUGUCUCUAUACCCAUCCAUCCCACAGGAAGAAGCAGCCUGGGUAGUAGCUAAUUAUUAUGAGAAGAAUUUUGGCUACAUACAAG